UACUACUUUCACUUACAAGAUUAAAUCGCAGAGGGAUGGCAGUGUUGUUAACGUUGGUUACUUUGGUAAUAAUAAUCAGUAUUGUAAAAGGAAGAGCUAUGCUGGAUGCUGUCCGAGGAUCAUAUAAAGCAGAAAACGGUGUCAUUUGCGAAGACAAUCUGGGUUGCUUCGGUAAUAAACCUCCGUAUAAUCAUAUGAUGUUACCAGAUCCUGCAGAAGAGAUUGGUACAGAAUUUCGACUUUUCCGUCUGAGACAGCAAGAAAUUCCACUGUAUAUUACGAACAGAAAUUUCUCAUUAUGGGCUGAGAAUGAAAAUACCUUUGAACAAAACUUAAGGACAGUAUUCAUCAUACACGGUUUUAGAGAUGGCAAUGCAAAGUGGCCGCUACUAAUAAAGGAUGCGUUAUUAGAAAAAGGAAACUUCAAUGUUUUCAUAGUUGACUGGUCAAAAGGAGCAGCUGCGGAAACGUACACUUUUCAUGACUAUGAUAAAGUUGUAUCUAAUACAAGGAUAGUCGGAGCUGAAGUUGGACUUUUCAUCCAUUAUUUAAUGGAUGUGAAAAAUCUCGAUCCUCAAAAUAUCCAUAUUAUUGGCCACAGCCUUGGUUCACAUAUCUCAGGAUUUGCCUCUAAGUGGAUUCAACAAAAUGACACAAAAGUUAUUGGUGGGAUAACAGGCCUCGAUCCAGCGGGUCCGUGCUUUUAUGAAUCUCCUCCAACUGCCAGACUUGAUAGAACAGAUGCUGAAUUUGUUGACAUUAUUCAUACAAUUUAUGCACUGAGUCCUGAGGAAGGUUUUGGGCUCAAAGGUCCACUUGGGCAUUUUGAUUUUUACCCCAACGGUGGAGUAAACCAACCUGGUUGUAAAAGUGUAGAAGAGGCGGAAUCAACUCUCUUCAAUGAAAUUUCAAGCAAUCCUUUAAAAUUAUUUACUUUAAUUAAGAAAUUAAGCAGCGGAAAAUCUCAAGAAAUUCCAAAGAGUAUUUAUGCCAUACUGUGCAGCCAUACAAGAGCUUACGAAUUGUUCAUUGCCAGUAUAAAAUAUUCCAGUUGCAAAUUCAAGUCAACACAAUGCGAUAAUACAGAAAACAUCGUUAGAGACAAAUGGGGUGUUUGUGAAGAUAAUUGUGUUAGCAUGGGCUUUUAUUCAAUCAAUGACAAACAGCUAGCUCGGAAAGACACAUCCAUUGUUUUUUAUCUCGAAACAACUGAAGACGCACCGUAUUGCUAUGAAAAGGAAGAAUAAAAAGUGGUUGCCGCUCGAGCAGCUAAUUUUCGAAGAAGGAAUACAACGAAUGAUAUAAAGUGUAUUGCUACCCCCUAUCAUUUUAUCGAAAAUUCCAAAUAUACUUUUUUGUUAAAUAACUUGUGAUUUUGCUCAUGAAUUUUAAGUGGCCUAAAUAUGAAGACAAAAGAAGCAGGAUGUGUUAACAGGAUUGAGUCCAAGAGCAAAUUGGUUACCUGUGAUAAUCAGCGAGAGCAUAAAAAACCUUAGCAAAUCCUCUGGUGACGUUAAUGUGAAUCAUUGUAGAUUUUUUCAAGAAUUUUAUUACUCGAUAUUUUUAGUUCUUCUCAUAAAUUUUAAUAAAUUUUACUAUUCCCUUUACCUUUUUCUAUGUAACUUUAGAUGCUUCAUACUAUAUGUUGACUAUUGAAGAAUUUUUAGCAUGCUUUGAGUUUGACUUAGGUUCAAAAUAAGAAUUUGGCAUCUGUAAUAUUUUUGUGAUGAUGAUCUGUGAUGUUAUUCGGCAUAAGUGAUGCUAAUUCUCUACUAAAUGAUAUAAAAUUUUAAUUUUUGAAAAAGUAUUCCUCAAGAUAUAACCUGUAACAAUGCAAUGUAUUUUAUAUUUAAAAAUAAUAAUUUAACUUUUCCUUAAAAUGAGGAAUUAUUUGGAGGAAGAGAAGUAAUCUUACUUUUACAACAAAGUGAAACAUUUUAAGAGAAAUUUAAUGAAAAAUGUUAAUUAAUAUAAAAUAGUAAAUUAAAAUAGAAAAGGAUAGAAUUGUUCAGUUAAUAAAGGAGUCCAUCGUAAAAACCAAAAUUACAGAAAAAAAAAUCAAAACUACUCUAUAUUGGAAGUGAGUAAAAAUGCGCAAAUUAUAGCAAAAUAAUAACCAAAAUAAAAAAGGUGUUUAGAAAAGUUAUUGAGUAAAACAAAGAGAUGAAAACCAAAGUAAAAUGCAAAAGCAAAAUGCUAAAAACAACCAAAGAACCUUAAACAGCUAAUAAGAAUAAAGUGAAAACAUAAACCAGAACUGUAUCAUUCUUAACCUGACGUUCAAGUUAUUAGAAUCUGUAUUUGAUUCUCUAGUUUGUUGUUCUCCCAACCUGUCGCCGCUUAUCUUUCUUUUAUCAAAUGUAUUGUUUGCAAAGAUGUAUAAAAGCACAAACAUAAUUGAUCAAGAUAAGACGCUUGUAUUUGUCAAGAAUAAAGGAUUAUUAAGAUUA